UUUAAUAAAACUUAACCAUGAAGAUACAGUGCGAUGCCUGUGAAGCUGCGGCGGCGGAGGUGGUUUGCUGUACGGAAGAGGCGGCGCUAUGCGGCGGCUGCGAUCUCAGAAACCAUGCAGGAAAUACGAUGGCCACCAACCACCAGCGUCUUCCGCUCUCCACCGCCCUGAGGCCCAGGUGUGAUACUUGUCAGGAAACAUUGGGGUGGUUGUUUUGCUUGGAGGACCGAGUUGUGCUGUGCAGGCAAUGUGACAUUUCCACACACAAAUCACGCCCUUUCGGGUCGGGUCACCAUAGGCUCUUGCUCACAAACGUCAAGGUAGGACUUCACCCUAAACAAUCCACCACAACUAUCAAAUUGGUAAAUUAAAUUGAACUCCCACCUAUUAAUUCAUUUGGCUUACAAUUU